UAUAUCACACCUGCUACAAUACUCUUUGUCAAGUUGUCAGUUUGGAAAUUGAUACAAAACUUUCUUUUAAAAGUUAUCGUGUAAUUCAUAAAAGAAUGGAUGUGUUUUGCUGUUGUACGUAAUAGCUAGAGAACAGUGCCUCAUAAAUCAUUCUCAUGUAUCGGAUACACUUUUUCCGGCGAACUUUUAAUUGUUUAUCCAAUGUGAAAAAACAUUGCGUUUUAAAUUCACGAUUCAACACCUACAAGAUAUUUCUAAUUUAUUAUUAAUCCAAAUUCUGGAGAAUUUGUUGACAUUUGAUUCUAUUGCGUCAGAACCCGAAGAAAGCUUUUCUUAGAUGAGAUUUACUUUGAAAGCAAUCAUCCUCUCCACCUGUGCUUGUAUCAUGAAUAGCCCCAGCUGCAGGAAAUACCGCAUCAGUUAUUCCUUCAAUUAAAAAUGAAAGAACAGCAAUUUGUCUGUUUGCCUUCGUAAUUCGAUCGAGUGAAUCUUGCAAAGGUGUGUGAAAUGUGGAAGAUGCCUCCUCGAUUUGUGACCUGUUGGAUAUUACUGUGUUGUGUGUUCGCUCCCUGCUCCGCUCAAGAGACUUGCUACCCCCCGGGGGGCGUGGCGGGAAUCGUGAUCGCGACGAUCGUCGUCACGGUGGUCGUCGGAGGGCUGGCGACCGCCGCGGGAUGGAGAUUUUGGAACAAGAAGCAUGGUGCCAGAUCGUGCGGGCAGGAGCGCCGAGGACCUGAGGCGGCCCCCGCCUCCAAAGGACUGUCGUCGGAGUUCGCUUUCGAUAACCCCUAUUUCCGGGACCAAGAGAACGAUCAAGACACUGAGAAAGGAAAAAUGAGAUCAUCUAUGAACAAAAAUUCACUGCGCUCAUCUAAGGUUUCAGAUUUCUCCUCCAACAAAACGAAGAAGUCUCGGAGCGGGAAGAAUCCAUUCACGUUCAGCGGAGGUGCGAGCAAGAAGCAAAGGGCCCUCGAUGAUUCCUGCUUGCAAGUGGAACCAGAGCGCACAGUAGUGAGUCUUCGUGGUCACGACUUCACUGGUCUAGGCUUCAACAUUUGUGGCAACAUGCGGGAUGGAAUCCUGGUCAAAGAUGUCCUUCACAGAGGACCUGCCAGUGAAUCUGGUCUUAUCAAAGCUGGUGACAAGAUAAUCAGCGUUACUGUCUCAUUCACCAAUAUCGUGUACGAAGAUGCACUGACGAUCUUGAGCUAUGCUUCGCCCUACGAUGUACAACUCGAGCUGGAACGGGUGCCGGACAAGACCAGGGCCCUCCCGAACACGCCAUCCGGCACAAAGCGGCCGUUGGGCUCUUGCAGCUUCAACCGCAGUGGGCAGAAGCUGUUCCACCCGCUCUACAGAAGCCAGAGCAUCGACGACCUGACUCAGAUAGAUCGAGACCCAUCCCUGCCGCCCACCCUCGGUCUGGGGCCUCGCAGGUCCCAGAGCGUCGGAGUCGCAGCGCAUAAACUAGCCGCCCACUUCAAGAACUCGGAUUCCAAGCUCACGGACGAUAAGACGGGAGUGUCCUCCAAUCAAAUGGUGCUGUCCACCACGGGAUCACUCAACGAAAAGAUGCUGGCGAACGUGAUGGCCGACGGAAGUCCUCACUGGAAGAAACGCUUCGAAGAUACCCUGGAAGGUGAUACUGUCGAAGUCAUCGACCAGUCAUCCACGAGCUCAGAACAGAGAAAAGACUCGACGCCGGACGUUGAGAAGAAAUCUUCGGAUGGUCCAACAUCACAAACUUAUAUGAAAAAGAACAUGAAGUAUCUCGAUUCGCCUCACAACAAAGGUAAACUGCAAACGUACAAAUCACCUGCUGAUAAAGAUCGGGACGUUAGCAGCCAAAAGGCAGAACAUUCUCGAAGAGCCAAGACGAUGGCAGAAGCCUCCAGUGCCCUGUGGCAGUUGGAUCAGAGCAUCCAAGACGGGGAAGGAUCCGACAUCGAAUCUUCAAAGUCGUCUAACUGGAAUCCUGACAAUGGGAUUGUGUCGAAAAGUGGUAGAUUCUCCCAUAAAGAAGAUGAAAAUGAAUCUGAUGUUUCACAUGACUCUCUGGAACUGUCGAAUAAGAAAACAAGUGGCAAGAAAAGUAAAAAACAUACUAGUGCUUCGCAUUCGCGCGAUUGCGCAAUCGAAAGUGAAACAUUAGAGGACAUGAAGCAGAGUUGCUCGAGCUCUGCAAAUAAACAAAAUAUUCAACAGAAAAGCUCAAAGAAGAGCUCCCACCACAGUGAAAACAAUAAAAGCAAAGGACACGCAACAGAUAUGGGUACUAAGAAUGAACAUUCCCGAAAUGCAGAGCGAGUGUACGCCAAUAACAUUCUGAACAAAGUUGGUGGGCAAAGUUCCGUGGAUUAUUCUGAGAGGUCAAAAGAUAGUCCAAAGACGAUAACAGAUGCCAGAGAAGCUAAAGGCUUCGACAGUGUUCCUUCCGUAGUAUAUGCCAACCAUCGAGAAAUGCAGGAAAAAGUUGUAGUCGUCGGUAGGGCUGCGCAAAAAACUGCGUCUAGCGAUCACGCCAAUAAUUACGGCAAAGUUAACGGCAGAGCCGGUCACAGUGAACGACAAAAACUAUCUGGAACUGAAAACUUUUCCCCAAAUUAUGGCAGCAGCAGAAUCGUCAUCAACGGCGAAACUGAUGAAAUGAAGAACAGAUUCGCGUCGAACUCGAAAAGUAAUUACCCCAAUCAGUCAAGAGAUUCUCCUGUUAAUUACCCGAAGCAGGAUGGCGUCAAGUCUGAUGAAGUUAUGCGCUGGAUGGAAAAUAAACAGAAAUCGAACUUGAACCAGAAGUUCUCCAAAUCGUCUGCCAGUCCUGCUGGAAUGUUUACACAGAUCAAUCCCUUCCAGCAGCCUUCGAGGCACAAGAAUGCCAAUUUUAAAAUCUGGUCCGGGAGAGAAGAGUUGUCCGCCAAUGGGAACGAUUCACAGUACACGUCAUCGUUGAGUAACAGCUACGGUUCUGAUUCUCCAGUGCAGACGAACAGGAGAGAGAAUAUGCCAGAAAAUCAACCUUAUGUUUCGAAGACUGUUCUUAUUUCCCCUUAUGAGACAAGUUCUCGGAAUGGCGUACCAAACUCUUCGCAGAUUUUGAAUUACAGGCAGCAACACUAAUGCUUUGCAAUCAAUUGAAUGGACUUCGCUGAACAGAUAUUUGCGGUGGAUGUGAUCUCAGAAUUCCAGCAGCUUUGCAUGGAUCUCUAACUUUAACGGCAGCAAAUUAUCUGUAGUGUUCUAAUUAUUUGUAAAUUUGUUAAAUUGCCAUUGGUUGCGCUAAGUUGAUGGGUACUUCUUAAAUUUCGCGGCUCCCUUUAUCAAAACGACGUCAACCGUUUAUGGCCGAAUAAAAUACUCAAGUGGUCCCCUAAAUUUGGCAAGUAGAAAUCAAAAGUAGAAGUGUUUAUGGUUGCUCUUCGUUUGACUAUUUUUAAUCGUUUUUUUAAAAAUGAUUUUGCGGUUUAUCGCAGGGCUGUGAAAGUAAAGUAGUACCACUUGACGUGAAUUGGUUAUUUUUUAGAUUUUCUUGUUCUUCAAAGUGCCUUCUACUAUUUGCAGUUGAUUUUACCGAUGGUGAGAAGAUUAAAAAGCUGUUCUAAACUACAGAAAAUAUUGCCUCACCUAAGUCAGUAUAAUCCUGUGGUUCACAAACAAUUUCCAUCUUGUCCGCGAACAGCUAGUGAAAAUUAACUAAAAUCAUUUUUAAAAUUGUAAUUAAAAACUUUUGGAUUCAUCUCAUUUUGCCUAGUAUAAUUGUUGUGAAAAUACUAUCUCUAUGGUCCGCUUGGUCCCGGAAGGGUACCAAGUGGUACUCAUCAUUGAAAAAACAUCAUUUUAUGCAUGUAACUUUUGGAACAGAAAUCUGUGGUAGGUGAUAGCAGGAUUUAUGUUCUAAUCAAAGGUUCUUGAAAAAAUGAGAUUAGUUGAAAUCAGUUAUAGCAACACAAAAUAGUUUGACUUAACAGUUUUCAACUCUUGCAUGUAUGACAUUAAAUAAUUAACUGCAGCUUAUUACGAAUUUAAAUAAAAGUAUGUUUUUUUUUAAUUCUAUAUGGUACAAAAACUUUUCACAGCGGCAGAAUAAGUAGAAUAUUUUCUUUAGUGCAUCUACAAGUUUUCUGAGCUGAGGCAAAAAAUUUGAAAUUUGCCCCAGCUCAACUCAUCUUCAUUCAAAUUUCCAAAAAAAAAAAAAAAAAAAUGUAAAAAUUGAAUGAAGUUGUUCCCCGAGGCAAGGGCCCCGGUUUUCUUCCCCUAGAUCCAGCUCUGAUUUUUGAAUAGUUGACUCUGGCACUUUAUUAGCUAUGGAGAAAACGAUUCUUUUUUGGAUACUUUUUCUGCGAAGAUAUAUGAAGGUGGACAUGGGGGGGGGGGUCAUAUGCUUGUCCUUCCAAGUACAAGAUAUCGAUCGGCUCAAUGUACAGUACAGUGAUGCUCGAUAGGAUUCAGUCCCUAAGUAAAGGGUGUUUUUUUUAGAGGCAUAGAACUGUAGGUUCAAAUAAAACACAGUUAAAUGGUAUUAAUUACCAUGAAUUUGGUUUCAUUCGGAAGAUGAUUCUUUGCCAUUUUUAUAUAAAUAUGAUAUCCAGCAUUUUGCCACUUCGGCCGGCUUAAAGAAAGUCCAAUCGGGAAGUCCAAUUUUCUCACUUUUUUUCAGCAAUUGGAAGCCGUAUGUCAGUGAUAACGUAGCGAAUGUUCUCUUCCAAGACAUCAAUCGUCUGUGGCUUAUCGGUGUAGACCAGAGACUUCACAUAGCCCACAAAAAUAAUCCAGCGUAGUUAAAUCGCAUGAUGUUGCAGGCCAAUUCACGGGUCCAUUACGCGAAAUUAUUCGUUCACCGAACGUUUCUUUCAAUAAAUCAAUUGUGACGCGUGCUGUGUAGCAUGUUACACCGUCUUGUUGUCUAUUCCUGAUGAAUGGCAAAUCAAACUAAACACAAAACAAGUGACAGCUAUCAAAAUGGCUCACAUAUCAAACAGUGUUGCCAAAUUAAAGUUCUAUACCUCUGAAAAAAACACCCUUUACUACAUCAUCCUUUAUUUGACGUGCUCCUGAAAUUCUAACAAAAUUGAUUUCCUGGUUAACUAACAUGAGUUAUACUUUUAAAUGCGCGCGGGAAUUUUAUUUGUGUUUCUACAACUCCACCCACUUGCGCUGUUCAUGUACUUAAUCGUCUAUGGUUAAUGUACUUAAUCGUCUAUGGUUAGAAACGUGUGAAAAAAGUUAAAACUGGAAAAUUUCCAAUAAAUCUGGGUAUUGAUGUUUUUUAACCUUUAAACCAGGACUUAGUAAGAGAAGUACAGCAGCUGAUCCCACGCAAAUAAAGCCCUGGUUUAAACAUAUCUUUAAAAGAGAAAAUGUUGAUUUUUCUGUGAUUUGAAAAAAAUGUGUAUUUUUUACUAGUGAAAUGUAAUAUAUUGUUAAGCAUGUUUAGUUCCAUCUACUCACGAGGAACAUAUUACACUAAUGCAUUUUCGAUUGAGAAUAAAUCAACUUAA